AAUGCGAGAUUAUUUCCCCAAGCAGCGCGACCACACACCCCCAACACCUCCGAUUGAGCCCUAUAAAUGCUCCCUGGCUUCCCUCCUCGUUCAUUCACACAACUGCCAGUCUAAGUUUCAGUGAGCCGUUCAUUCGCAAAUCUUGCCAGCAAGUUUGCUACAUACCAUCAGCGUCAGCUACUACCUGUCCCAAUGGCGCGUGCCGUCUCAUUUACCACUCUCGUUCUCCUGCUCGCCGUUACUUUGGCGCUCUUUUCAUUUGCUUCCACGGCCGCCGCCGCUACCGCCACGUUGACAUCUGAUACGAUGUACCGGUGUGAGUACGUGAAUAGCGCCACUGGUAUGCAGAGCGACUCGUUUUGCUCCACGGAAGUUAGGUACCGGCGGAUGAAGAGCUUUGAAGAGUGCAAGACCAAGGUCAAAAACUACAUCGAGGAUUGCAAACGACCGGUGGAACCUAAAGCUCUUGGAACCGUGGAGUUUUUCAAGCAACUGUUCAGGAAAAAGUAGCUGUGAUAGUGAGCAAAGAGGCCGGAGACGUGCGGCACAGGUCUCACGAGGGCAGAAGAUCAGAAAGGCUGGAAACGGAACGAGCAUGGCCGUAUUUUCUCUGUUCCUUGGCUAGCAGUUGUGGAAAGGUGGGGAAGGCGUGAUGGUGACGGUUUCUGGGUGGGUGCUUCUUCUGUGAUUCUGUUUUCAAGAGAGAGUUUAAUUCGAAGAGACAAAGUUUGAGGGUAUUUUGUGCUGAGUUGAUAUCCCACGGCAAGCUGCGGGAAAGUACGGGAUUGCGGUUGACUCGUUUAUGAUUAUGGAUUGUGGUU